CAGAUAUUUGGUGGUGAAAGGUUUGAGCUUCUUUGCUUGAACUAUUCAAUACCCGCCCCUUUCCAAUGAAAGCCUGAUAUAAGUGCACUUGCUAUGACACAGUUUACGCACAAUGAGGAGCUUCACCUUAAUAACAGCUUUUCUUCUCUGCAGCCUCAGCUGGAUCUCUGUCUCUGUCUCAGUUUCUGAGUCUCAGACUGUAGAGGUCCAGCCAGGUGAAGAUGUCACACUGCUGUGCUCCAACAUUUCCAAACAUCCAACUCAGACAGAAUGGUUCAGAAUGCUCAACAGAACCAAGCCCAGCUGUAUCUCCUCUAUGUACGAGUCUGGUAGCGAAGCUUUAUUCUGUGAUGGAUAUCAAGAGGGAAAAUUCGAAAUGAGCGCCAACGUCACCACAGUUUUUCUUAAAAUCAAGCGAGUGGAUUUAUCUGACUCUGGACUGUAUUUCUGUGGAUUUUACAGAAACACACAUACAGUCAUUGCCAGUGCAACAUAUUUAAAUGUUCAAGGUAAUGGUGAAUCUGAUGAUGAAGUCGAUUUUAAGACUGAAAAGGAGCCUGAUGGAAUGAAAAACCUACUGAGCGUGAUCCUGGGUGGUCUGGCUGUUUUCCUCACUAUAAUCGUCAUUGUUCUGGCUGUUAAAAUCAGGAAACUUCAGACAGCUGUGAAUGAAGAACUGCAGCAAGAAAGAAACAAGAAUCUGGGCUCAGAUGACCUGAACUACGCAGCUCUAAGUUUCCAGGCAAAAGCAAAAAGACACCGCAGGCCUGCACCGGAGAGAGAGCUGGAGCCAAAUGUUGUGUAUGCUGCCACCAGAUAGAUUCAGGAAACAACUGGAACUGCAGCUCAGAGUGGAAGCUGAUGAUUUAUCAUAUUAAUCUACUGUUUUGUUUUUGUGUGUGGGUCAGGUGGAAGGACUCACUGGCAAAAAAUACAUUUUCAAUAAUGUUCAUAUAUUUUCUCACUCAAAGUGUCUGUGGAGGUAGAAGUGAGGCCCAUAGAAAGCCUAACUGCAGUAACUACGCAAAGGGUAAAACAGAAACAUUGCUUUAAAAUAUUUAACUGGCCAGCCAAAUGGGUUAUAGGUAUAUACGUGAUAUUGCACUAAUUGUACAUGUAUUCAUGAGGUAAUUUUUAUGCCCAAAAACCAUGACGGCUGAUUUGACCUUUGACUCCAAACAUGUAGUUAACUGCACUCUGCCUUUGCAUUGCCUUAAAUGGUUCUAGCAGCAAUGCAAAACCAAAGUGCACUAACCACAGUGUUGUUGUUUUCUUUCAGCUUUUAUAUAUUGUUUUUUCAGUGACCAAAACCAUUUUUUACAUUUAUUUCUGAUUCUGAUUCCAAUUUCUGACCACUACAUGGUGUUUAGAGACUCUGUUAACACACAAACCGCACACAUACAGCCAGGCUUCACAAGUUAUUCUAUCCCACUGUUACACUCAUGGACGAUCUUCCUGACAGACAACGCCUUGAAUGAUUAUGAAGAAGAUGUUGAUCAUGUUAUUAGUCGUAGAGAGAGAUCACUGUCAUGGCUGCUUGAUUGUUGUGGGAUAACUUGAUACAUGAUGCCUUUCGAGUUUUUUUUUUUUUUCCCACCGCUGGCUGGAUUAACUUUGGGAUGUGAACAACAAAACAUAGAUGACAUGGCAUCAGCGAUGUUACAGAGAAUAAUGUUACAGCUAACGCUAGCUAACUAAACAUUGCCUAUCAGUCAGCAUACACGGUGUAAAUAGCUGCUGUAUUUAGAACCAACCCCCUGUGGUGACAGACAUUGUCUGUAUAAGUCAAAAAUAAAGUCCACAGGAAGACGUCAGCCAUGAGCACAAACAUCAAAGGCAUUGCUAUUCUCAGAGUACAAGAAUACUGCUCCCAUAAAAAGAAAAAAACAGGAGAGUAAAAGUUACAGUGCAGUGUAAGAAAUGAAUCAUUAUUUGAUUUAAUAAAAGGCAGCGGCAAACAGAAACGUCUUCAGCCUUGAUUUAAAAGAAUUGAGAGUUUUCUGAGAGCAGACCAGUCCCAGACGACCUGAGAGGUCUGGAUGGUUCAUAAUGUAGCACAAGAUCAGAAAUGUAUUUUGGCCCUAAACCAUUCAGUGCUUUAUAAACCUACAGCUGUAUUCAAAUCACUUAUUUGACAGGUAGCCAGUGUAAAGACCUCAGACCUGGAGUGAUGUGAUCCACUUUUUUGGUCUUAGUGUAAUGUGGCUAUUGAAAUUCAGGUCUGAGUUCAUGACUACACCUAGAUUUCUGGCCUGGUUUGUGGUUUUUAACAUUACUGAAGCUGAGUGCUAACUUUUAAUUGUUGAUUUGUUCAAUUCACUUACUCAGCACUUGUAUGGGAUUAUAGUCCCUUGGUAAUUUGGUGGUCAUUUUUGUCUGCUCAGAUGUGUAGUUACCAAUAGACACAAAGUAGUCCCUGACCUAGGAUUCAAACCAGUUUAGUACUGUGCCAGAAAGUCCCACGCAGUUUUCCAGUAGUUCUACUAAUAUGUUGUGGUCGACCGUAUCAAAUGCAGCACUGAGAUCCAGUAAUACUUAAACUGAAAUUCUGCCACAGUCUGUGUUUAAGUGUUUGUCAUUGAAGACCUUAACAAGAGCAGUCUCAGUGCUGUGGUGUGGUCGAAAUCCUGACUGGAAGACAUCAAAAUGUUUGUUUAGUGCCAAGAAGUUGUUCAGCUGUUGAAAAACAGCAAGCUAUAACGUCACAACGCCACACAUGAAGAUUAUAGCGGUGUUAUUUUGACCAGCUCUCAGACUUUCAGCAGUUUGAUCGAAUUUUGCGUAUUCUUACCCUGCUGCUAGUUAGUAGCAGUGUUGUGCCACAUUAAGACCUUUCCGUUUUUGCAUAUCUUUGUGUUUUGCCUUUUAAAUUAUAUAUAUUAUGUUGUAGUUUUUUUACAGUAUCAUUACAUUUCAUCAUUCCCAGAAUCAGAACAACUUCAGACAAUGAUAUAUGUCACUCAAUAAAGACUUCUAUACAAAAAA